UGGAAUGUCUUGGUGUUAUUCGGAUCCAUUCUCCCAUGAGAGCACAAAGGAAGCAAGACUGGUCAGAUGUUCCUAGUCGAGAAAUGAUAAACAGGGCUCAGAAAGCUGCUUUGCAAUUGAAAAGAAGUGCGGCUGAUCAAGUGGGAGGAUUGGGACAGUUUGUGAACUGUAAGGUGUGGGGCAAUGCAGGUCCAUACGGGAGCGGGCCAAUAUCUGGAUCUCCAGAUAUGACAGAUGUGAGGAAGAAUUCAAAAUACAGUAAAUGGGAAGUUCUGCCUUUCAAGAAUCUGAGGGAAGAGACGAGGCAGCACUUUCUUCAGAUGGAAGGUGUCUCUAUGUACAAAAUGGACGGCAAUAAGCUAGACGAUCUAGUUUGUGUAAGACAUCCCCAGAAAUCUGAGGCUGAGGCAUAAGAAUCCGACGACAGAUAAUUCCCUACUUUGCAAUGCUAGUCUUUACAGAAAUUGCCAGGUUGUUUUUGUGUGCUAAAUUGCGAACCAAGGUGAACACAUCCCAUCCCGUCCCGUCCAAAUGGGAAUGCCAUUUGACGAAUUUGGAGAAGUGUCAUUCUGAAGCUAGAUCAACAGAUACAUACAGCAAACACUUUGUAGUAGUUUCAAGUGUACAAUUACAACUACUCUAAGCAGAGUUUUUGUAGAAUCAUUGCAUUUGCUACAGAUUUUUAAUGUACCAAUUUGAUGUCAUAGUUUAUGGGCAAAUUAUACCAGACCCUGGUCCAAAAAUGACCUUUAGAUUUUGUAUUCCAAUAUUUGUAAUUGACACAUUCUAUAUUUACAAUUAACAGUUUCUGUACUUGUAGUUAUUA